GCGCUGAUGAUUCAUGAUUGACAGCCUGCUUGCACGCGCUCCCGGCCGGCGCGCGCCCGCUCCGGGUAUAAGAGCGAGUCCCGGAAAUCUCGCGAUCUCUUCCAGUGCACCAUCAUGGCGGAUCAGGGUGAGAAAAAGGAGAACCCGAUGCGUGAGCUGCGAAUCCGCAAGCUGUGCCUGAACAUCUGCGUGGGGGAGAGUGGAGACAGGCUGACCCGGGCUGCCAAGGUGCUGGAGCAGCUCACCGGGCAGACCCCCGUCUUCUCCAAGGCUCGCUACACAGUGCGCUCUUUUGGAAUCCGGAGGAAUGAGAAGAUCGCAGUGCACUGCACCGUCCGCGGAGCCAAGGCAGAGGAGAUCCUGGAGAAGGGGCUCAAGGUCCGGGAGUACGAGUUGAGGAAGAACAACUUCUCCGACACCGGCAACUUCGGCUUCGGCAUCCAGGAACACAUCGACCUGGGGAUCAAGUAUGACCCGGGCAUCGGAAUCUACGGGCUGGACUUCUACGUGGUCCUGGGACGCCCCGGCUUCAGCAUCGCUGAUAAGAAGCAGAAGAGGGGCCGCAUCGGAUCCAAGCACAGGAUCGGAAAGGAGGAGGCCAUGCGCUGGUUCCAGCAGAAGUACGAUGGCAUCAUCCUCCCUGGCAAAUAAACAGCUCUAUUUGUAAUUUUUGAUUUGAGAAUAAAAAAUAAUAAAAAAAAAAAUCUUCAAA